AUGUCGACUCGCAACAAACCCCGUCUCUACCUUGCCCUCUACCCCCGGGGCGCAUGCACCCCACAUUUCACUUCCUCUAGCAACUGCUCCUCCUACCAUUUCAGCUUGCUCGUGGGCCCAGGCUCCUCCUUACGCUCCGAUCCCGGCAAGCGCUACCACGUCGCACACACCGACGACAUCCACCACCCAUUCCUCUACGAAGAAACAGAUAUACAGGCCAGCGACGAAUACGUGCCUCUGGUGCGUGUGACCCUGGCAAAGGUGCGGAAUUCCGAACGCGUGACAGCCCUGCUGCGGACGGUCGAAGUCCCGUCAACGACGUCCUCCGCCCUUGAAUGUACCUGCCUCGCCUGGACAGCAGCGGCUUUCCGUCUGCUUGUCGCAGAUAAGGGCUCCGGCAACCGCUCUGCCUGUCUCUCGAGUUACCUGAAGCCUGCCGAUUGGGACCAUGUCGAGGGUCGCGCCAGGAAAUACGUCAAACGCAAGCGCGAUGUCAGGAGAUGGGAUAGUGAGCAGCCUGGUCCGUGGGAUCGCAAGGCGGUGAGCACGUGGAAUUAUUGGGAGAACAGGGAGACGACGGUAUAA